UUCUCAUUUGGCGUUGUGGUGCAGUGUCAGUGCGUUGUGUAUUCCGUGCAUGAUGAAGAGAAAAUACGAGCGUUCGUACCGACCUGAAUGGGAGCAAGAUCCUUUGCUUUCGUCCUGGAUUUCCAGAGCAAAGGAGGAUCCUGAUGUUGCGUUUUGCAAAGCUUGCAAUUGUAAAUUAGUUACAAGAUUGUCUUCAUUAAAAGAACAUGUGUUAUCCCAAAAACAUAAGAAGCAUAUGAUUGGGUAUAGCGGCCAAUCAUCGGUGCAACAGUUUUUUAAGAAAUCUCCAAUAGAAGAGGAAGUGAAAAAAGCAGAACUUAAUAUCUGUGCUAUGUUAGUGGAACAUAAUUUACCGUUCCGAUUAAUGGAUCAUUUAAGUGAAAUUAUCUCAAAAUGUUUUCACGAUUCGGAAAUUGCCAAGUCCUUUUCCUGCAAGAGAACUAAAGCAGCAGCGGUAACGUAUAAUGUUUUAAAGCCAGAGCUAGAAGCAGAGAUGCUUGCCGAUUUAAAAUCAUGUGAAAACAUUAAAACUCGUACACCAAUGUUUUCCUUAGUUAUAGAUGAGACCACAGAUGUAACAACCACAUCAACGCUUGCAGUUGUUACCAAAUAUUAUUCCGAAAAAGAUCUUCAGGUAAAAACAAAAUUUUUAACUUUGGUGGACUUGCAAGGAGCAUCAGCCCAAGCUUUGUUCGAUUCACUUUCCAAGGCGUUAAUCAAUGCUAACCUUAACAUUAACGAUGCAAUUGGUUUCGGAGCUGACACUACUAACGUUAUGUUUGGCGAACAAGGUGGUAUUAUUGCCAAAAUAAGAUAUGUAAAUCCCCAUUGCAUAUUCAUUAAGUGUGUAUGUCAUUCUACUGCUUUGUGUGUAUCUCACGCCAGUAAAAACUCUUUACCAAGGGCUAUUAACCAAAUAGUGCAAGAGGUUUAUGGAUAUUUUGCACACAGUAGUAAAAGGCAAAGGGAAUUUGCUGAAUUCCAAGACUUUAUUGGCACUGAAAAGCAUAAAAUAUUAAAACAUUACGAAAUUCGAUGGCUAUGUUUGCAUGCAUGUAUUAAAAGAAUUUUGGAGCAAUGGGAUGCCCUCAAACUUUUUUUUCAAUCGCAGUUACUGGAAGACAAAAAUAUUUCAGCUGAAUUUUUAUAUAAUAGUUUGAAUGACAAGAUAUAUAAACUUUAUUUUUAUGCUUUGGAUUAUAUACUGCAAACAGUUAACAAACUGAACACUAUAUUUCAAGGAGAUUAUACGACAGUCCACACAGCAUUUAAAGACAUUUCCGAGGUGUACAUGAGCCUUUUGAGUUGUUAUAUGAAAGGUAAUUAUUUGAAAACCACAGAUCCACUUUGUAUAGAUCCAAAAUCUAACGUCAACUUUUUACCUUUAAAAGAUUUGUAUUUAGGUGUGAACGUUAGUAAAGAAAUCGGUCGUCUAUCUGCAGAUGUUAGUCUUAAACCUGGAAUUCAAUCUUUCCUUCAAAGAAUGCAAACAUUUUUUAUUGAACUCUGUAAUCAGUUAAAAACACGUUUGCCACUGACUAAUCUUUUUAAAGACUUACAAUUUUUAGACCCGCAAAAUGUUGUUUACAAAGAUUUUGUAUCAACAGUAAACAUUGCAAAUAAAUUUCCCAAUAUAGUAGAUGAAAAUAAUCUUCAAAAAGUUGACGACGAAUUUCGACAAAUUAAAUUUGACAAAAGUGUAACCGAUUUGUUGGAAUCUGGUGGGAGUAGCACCAGUACAAAUUUAAGUGUGGAUAAAUUCUGGGGAGCGAUUGGGAAAAUGCGUGAUGCAAAUGGAGCUCCAAAAUAUACUAAUAUUGCAAACUUUGCAAAAGCUCUAUUAAUUUUGCCAUUGUCAAAUGCCUCUUGCGAAAGAAUAUUCUCCCAAGUAAAUUUGAACAAAACAAAAAUAAGGAACAGGUUCCAAAAUAAACAUGUAUCCGCGUUAAUAACAACAAAAGAAGGUAUAAAGGAACAUGGAGACUGUAUCUCCUUUAAACCAACAAGGAAUAUGAUUAAAAAUAUGUCGUCAAAAUCAAUUUACGAAAAUGAAGAGUGCGGAGAAAGUUUUGAUACUUUUAUAGUUGAAUAA